GUGCCAUUCAAUCCAUUCUGUCUGAUUCUGUCGCUCCUCAGACGCAGACUCAGGGGAACCAGCCAAUGAAUCGGUCCAGGGGCCUCUGCCUUUUGACACUAGACCGAGUUGUUCCAGGUUCCAUGUCGGUUUCAUGACUUUGCCAACGAAUAACCGUGCAGUGGCUAUUGAGAGCAAAAACGACAGCUGCCAAAAAGUAUCCACGCGCUCAGGUGCAUCAACGGGUGCAGCAUGCGCUUGAUAUGCAGCAGAUGCAUUUAGGCUCUAGGCAGGCGAGAAGGCUUCAUUCAGCGUGGUUGGCAUAGCGCAUCACGUGCUGUGGCAAUUGUGCUGUGGCAAUUGCAGGAUUCGAGACGGCGGGAUCUCGUGACUUUCCCGCUGGCCAAGCGCAGGGGGCACGGUGCCCGCCGGACUGGCGGCCAGUGGCGGGCAAAGGCGGCGCCCCACGCGACGAAAUUUCCAGUUCAGGUCGGCCGCCCUCGUCGGAGCCUCUCCGGUGCGUCGGAUUGCCAACCCUUGAUGUGUGGACGGUCAUCCGUAGGUACCUACCUAGAUAUAAUACACACCGAACGACCUCCAAAGCACCGCCGCUGCCAGGCCCCGAGGCCCCUCUCCCACCAUGGCAUCAGCACUCCCCUCCACGCUCCGCCGCUCCGCCGUCGGCUCGCUCCGGCGGUGCCUCGCCGCCCCAUCUGUCGGCUCCGAAAGGCCAUACGCAACCACCGUCUCCUCUCCAGGGGCCAGCACAGGCACAAACGCGAGCAGUAGGGACAGCAGCAGCGAGUCCGCCGCCACACUAGCACCAACAACAGACCCCGCCGCCCCCCGGCCGACGUACUUCAAGGACACGACCGUCGCGCCCUUCUCCGACUUUGUCAGCUCCGCCGCCCCGCUGUCGCCGAGCGAGGCCUACACCCUCCGCACCGCCGAGGUCGGCCCGGCCGGCCGGCGCCGCACCAUCACGCGGCUGCCCGAGUGGCUCAAGACGCCGCUCCCCAACCCGGGCAGCAACGACAACUUCCGCAGCAUCAAGGCCGACCUGCGCGGCCUGGGCCUGCACACGGUGUGCGAGGAGGCGCGCUGCCCCAACAUCACCGAGUGCUGGGGCGGCUCCUCCAAGGCGGCCGCCACGGCCACCAUCAUGCUCAUGGGCGACACGUGCACGCGCGGCUGCCGCUUCUGCAGCGUCAAGACCAACCGCAACCCGGCGCCCCUCGACCCGCACGAGCCCGAGCACGUGGCCGAGGCCCUGGCCCGCUGGGGGCUGGGCUACGUCGUGCUCACGAGCGUCGACCGCGACGACCUGGCCGACGGCGGCGCCCGCCACUUUGCCGAGACGAUCCGCAAGAUCAAGGCCAAGAAGCCGACGCUGCUCGUCGAGGCCCUCACGGGCGACUUCGCCGGCGACCAUGACAUGGCCCGCCUCGUCGCCGACAGCGGCCUCGACGUCUACGCCCACAACAUGGAGACGGUCGAGGGCCUGACCCCCUACGUCCGCGACCGCCGCGCCACCUUCCGCCGCAGCCUGGCCCUGCUCGAGGACAUAAAGAAGUACAAGGGCGACGACGUCAUCACCAAGACGAGCCUGAUGUUGGGGCUCGGCGAGCAGGAGGAGGAGGUCUGGGACACGCUCAGGGAGUUGAGAAAGGCCAACGUCGACGUCGUAACCUUUGGCCAGUACAUGCGCCCGACCAAGCGCCACCUCAAGGUGGAAAAGUACGUGACCCCGGACGAGUUCGAGCUGUGGCGCCAGCGCGCCCUCGACAUGGGCUUCCUCUACUGCGCCAGCGGGCCCCUCGUCCGCUCCUCCUACAAGGCCGGCGAGGCCUUUAUCGAGAACGUCCUCCGGAAGCGCGCCGGCGAGAAGGCCGCUGCCGCUGCGGCCGCGGCCGUCGGCACCACUGCCAAUGCCUCGGCCCUCGCAGGCCCGGCCAUGUAGAAGGAGGCCUGCCUGCCUGCCUUCUCUCAGAAGGCUAGAUCGGAGCGCGCGCAAGCCAUCCGAAACCAUCAAACUUCAAUAACCCAUGUAUUACUUCUAUAGACGGCCUACUCGGCAUAAUGACGGAUUUUCUCUCUGGGAUGGGAUAGAAGGGGAAUACCAAUAAUUCAGCCUGUCUUUCACGGAGAGACGCACGUUCAUGUCAUUAAAGUGCUUGCAUGUUUGUUUGUUUGCUCUCGCGUCGAGGUCGACAUGGACGCGACGGAAAUCAGAGCUAGCAAACUGGCAGGGUAGACCUGGUAUCUCAAAACUACAUGUGGUCGACCCAUGACCUGUUCCGUAUCCGAAACUCCUGGCUCCCUGUGGUAUCUUUGGUGUAUCUUUUCCC